AUGGCGGACAGUGCCGGCACAGCCGACACCCCUGCACUGUUUGGACUGCGUGAUGCGGUGUUCCGUCCAUGGCCGCUGCCAGGCCAGGAGCCAGCCAACAUUGGCGACUUUGUGCGGCGGAUCAAGGCCCAAGGCGGCGAGUUCCGCAAGCUGACAGAAGAGAGCCUGCGCAAGGAGAUCGAAGAGCGACGAACCAGGCGAGAGGCGGGAAACGGGAGCGAUGGCGACGAUGCGGACGAAGCGUCUGGACGGGGUGCCGACGAGAAUGAAGAGGCAGCGAAUGACACGUUGGCUCACCGCACCAAAGGCAUUGAAGCCAUGAUUGCGAAGCGUGACGAAGUGUUGCGAACGUUGGAAUCUGCUCUUCAGAACGGUCUCAUCGUCGUCGACUUUGUCUCGCUACUGCUCUCGAAAGACCGGCCGACCCAGGCGCUGCAGUCGCUCUCGCCGAUGCUGCGCGAAAAGAUUGGCAUCGGCACGCUCAGUGCCGGCCGCAUUGCCAACGCGGCCCAAGCAGCCAAAGCACUGCAGACGCGACACGGUGGCGGCCGGGGCGGUGGAGGCGGGCCUGGUCUCGCGGGUGGGCAGAUCCUGGACGAGACGACACGGUCCAACGCACAGCGGGUGCUGGACCAUAAGAUUGAAUGCGUCGGAUGGCAGCUUCUGGCCAUGGAUCGGGCGGCCGAGCUGCUGGCCGCUGGCCGCAAGCGCCUGCACGCCGAGCUGCGCCGUGAGCAGAUGUACUGGUCCGAAGUCGUUGCCGUUCGCGAUCGCGGCUGGGCUCUCUCCCGCACUCCCGGCCAACGACGGCUCCUUCGCGUCAAGUUUGGCUUCUCCGAGGCUGCCGCCGAUCUGCGCGCUGCCGGCUUUGCACCACUGCGCCGCGUCAAGCGUGGUCACGUUGCCCUCGACAUCACCGCGCUGGGCCCGCCUUCGGCCAUUGUCGUCACGCUUCGUCGCCGCAACGCAGCCGGCAAUGUCGACAUCAUCGGCCGCUCGUCACCUCCAAUUCGCCUGCCGCCGUCGGCUCCCCUCGAGAACCGAAUCCUCGAGGCUCGCAACACCGUCUACGCCAAGGAGCUCUGGCGUGAGCUCAACCGCGAGGCUCGUCUCCUCGUGGCCCACGGCAUCGCACUUCGAGGCCCCCUCAUCGUCUUUCCUGCCGGCGCUCACACCGAGGGCAUCAUCGCCCUCGAACCCCUCCAGCUAGUUGCUUCUGAUGCGGGCGCGGUUGCCAUCGCCACCGCCGAGAUGGACAGAGUCGCCGAGGUUACCGCGUCGUCGCUGCACCUCUUUCUCGCCCACGGCCACCGCCACCACUACCGUCUGCGCUCGGUGCCUGCGCCGCCGUCCGACAGCACCGGCACCCCGCCGCCAGCCUACUACCUGCUGCGGCCGAUCCUGGCCAACCUCAAGUACGAAAAGGCCCUCGAGCACAUUGCGCGCUUUCUCUCGGACCUUUGCUCGAUCCUGCAUCGCGUUGGCCACACUACUGCCCAAUUUACCCUGUUCGAGCGUCCUCUGGCCUCGUCUAUCCCCCCCCCGACAGCCGGAUCUGCCUCGCGCCAGCUGGCCGCGUCCGAAGGUGUCUGCAUGGCCUUUCUGAACCCGCGCGAGUUCACGUUCGAGCUCACCCUUGCGCCCGACAUCCGCCUCUCCAUCCGCAGCCGUACUACCAACAUGCCACUUCGCACACAGUACCUCAUCCAGCUGCAUCCUCCACCGACCGGUGGUAGCAGCCCCCUCCAGGACAGCUUCCCGCCCGCGGACAACUACGCGACGCUGCGCGACGUGCUUGAUUAUGUCAGCAGCGCCGUGGGUCACGUGCUCGCGGCCGAUGCCCGCAAGGCAGCCAUCGCCCACGAGGACGCAUCCCAGACGGGCGUGAUCUGGUCGAGGACGGUGGAUGGGACGGCCUUGCAGCAUCAGAACGAUCCGCUCUGGGAGAUGCGGUUCAGCCUGACGUCAACGGACACGAUCACGGAGCUAGACGAGAUCCUAGAUGCGGAUGUGGACGAAGGGGACGGUCGAGAAGCAGAUGGAGACGGACACGUGUUAGGGAACCCGAACCUGAACACAAAAUCCGAAACCGCAGAUGAAGACGGCCCCAGAGAGGAUGGGGGUGACGACACGGCCCUCGUCGACGACGACAGCCCCCUCCGCAAGUUCUGCCCGCCAGAGCUGCGGCUGUACGCGUCGUGGCCUCAUGGGACGCUCGAGUCGGCCGUUUAUCGCCGUUGGGCUUGGACGGCUGAGAGCCCUCAGCAGCAGAAGCAGGAGGACGCCUCGCCGUCGACACUGCACGACAUCGUCCAGGGCUGCAUCAACGGCGAGCUGAAGCCGGCCGCGGACACGGACCAGUAA